AUAGGAUAUGCAAUUGUUCCAAUGAUCGCAAGGGGCAUCAUGUUAGGCCCUGAUCAGCCAGUGAUUCUGCACUUGCUUGAUAUCGAACCUGCGGCAGAAUCCUUGAAUGGGGUGAAAAUGGAAUUGGUUGAUGCUGCCUUUCCUCUUCUGAAAGGUGUCGUUGCUACCACAGAUGUUGUUGAAGCUUGUAAAGGUGUCAAUGUUGCUGUUAUGGUUGGUGGAUUCCCUAGGAAGGAAGGUAUGGAAAGGAAGGAUGUAAUGUCUAAAAAUGUUUCAAUUUACAAGGCUCAAGCUUCAGCCUUAGAGAAAUAUGCUGCUGAAGAUUGCAAGGUGCUAGUUGUUGCCAACCCAGCAAACACCAAUGCACUCAUUUUGAAAGAGUUUGCCCCUUCAAUCCCAGAGAAGAACAUCACUUGUCUUACUCGACUGGAUCAUAAUAGAGCAUUAGGCCAAAUCUCUGAGAGGCUAAAGGAACAUGUUAGUGAUGUCAAAAACGCAAUCAUCUGGGGCAAUCACUCUUCAACUCAAUAUCCAGACGUCAACCAUGCAACUGUCACCACCAGUGGUGGAGAGAAACCUGUCAGAAAACUUGUUGCUGAUGAUCAAUGGUUAAAUACCGAGUUCAUCACCACUGUGCAGCAGCGUGGUGCAGCCAUUAUCAAAGCUCGGAAACUAUCAAGUGCAUUGUCUGCUGCCAGUGCUGCUUGUGAUCAUAUACGCGAUUGGGUUCUUGGGACUCCAAAGGGAACAUGGGUUUCCAUGGGAGUCUAUUCUGAUGGGUCUUAUGGCAUCCAGCCUGGCCUUAUCUACUCUUUUCCUGUUACUUGUGAGAAAGGACAAUGGUCAAUUGUGCAGGGGCUGAAGAUCGACGAAUUCUCAAGGGCGAAGAUGGAUGCAACAGCAAAAGAACUCAUUGACGAGAAAUCCUUGGCCUAUUCAUGCCUAGACUGAUAAUGAACCCAUCUUUCCCAGGAAAAUAACAGAGGAGUUGAUUCAAUAAAUCCAUGAAAAAUAAAAAAAGGAGUUCCAAAUUACUAUUCUAGCCUUCAUGGGGCAUGACUUUGUCACUUUUAAGCUUUGGAACGGCAAUACAAGAUCUGUCGUUCUUGUUUAUUUAUCUUAUUUAUUUCAUGGCAAAA